GGGUGUUGACAUUUUUUUCAAUGCUGGGAUGGCGGCACGUGUGAUAGGUUUUGAACACACAGAAACCUCAACAUUUUGAUGUGAUGGAUCAUGGUUCGGAUUCGAGGAAGUCUGCUUGAAAAUGAAAGGAACAAUUGAAGUUAUGCUGCAUUAACUUUGAAGCCUGGGACACAGCCACGAUGCAAGAUGCUAGUUUCUAUUGUUACACUGCAUUCCUCAUAAGGCUUGCUCUAAUGGUGUAUGGAGAAUGGCAAGAUAGAACAAUGCUGGUAAAAUACACUGAUGUGGAUUAUUAUGUCUUCACCGAUGCAGCCAGAUACGUCACACAGGGUUUAUCGCCUUACGAGAGAGCCACCUAUCGCUACACACCGCUCCUUGCAUGGUGUCUCACACCAAACAUUUUCCUCUCACCAACCUUCGGCAAGCUCCUCUUCAUCCUGUGUGAUGUCUUCACAGGCAUCCUCAUCUUAUGGAUGCUGAGACUCUCACAUUAUUCCGAGAGCGUAGCCUUAAAGUGCGCCCUCUGUUGGCUGCUGAAUCCACUGCCGAUCACCGUCUCGAGUCGUGGGAAUGCUGAGUCUGUAAUGUCAGCUUUAGUUCUGUUGACUCUUUAUGCCCUGAUGAAACGCUGGACGAAAACAGCUGCUUUCCUGUAUGCCGUAUCAGUCCAUGUUAAGAUAUACCCAAUCACAUACUGCCUCCCCAUCUAUUUCCUUCUGGGCACUGACUUUACAGAGAGAGCUCCUUCAAGAAAACCAGAUGACCCCUCGAGGAGGGGUUUGUUGAGACGGGCGAUGGAGCUGUUGUAUCCCACUCGGGACAGGUUGCAGUUUGUGUGUGUGUCGGUGACCGUCUUCAUAUUGCUGACAGCAUCAAUGUACUAUUGCUAUGGUAAUAAAUUCCUGGAUGAGACCUAUUUGUACCAUGUGACUCGCCGAGAUGUCCGCCACAACUUCUCUCCUUAUUUCUACAUGCUUUAUCUGACGUCCGAGUCUUCGAUGUCGGUCACCAUUGGUCUGCUUGCAUUCAUACCUCAAGCUGUGUUAUUAUUAACGGUGUCUCUGAGAUACUACAGGGAUGUGGCAUUUUGCUGUUUCAUCCAUACAUUCCUGUUUGUGACAUUCAAUAAAGUCUGCACCUCACAGUACUUCCUGUGGUAUCUUUGCCUCCUACCUCUUGUUGUUCCACUCCUCGGGAUAAAGGUUCAAGAAACCUUGUUUCUCUCAGCUCUCUGGUUCUUUGGUCAGGCACUGUGGUUGUAUUUUGCGUACUAUCUUGAGUUUGAAGGACAGAACACUUUCAUCACUCUGUGGUUGGCUGGACUUCUCUUCUUCUCUAUCAAUAUUGCAAUCUUAACUAGAAUUAUGCUGAACUACAAAGGCCACCGAACGUUUAAUAAUGGUAAACUAACUUUAAUUGACCAAAGAUAGUUGCAAGAUACCAAAAGAACUUGAAGUCCGGGACAACAUUUCAGACACGAGUGAAAUCUGAACGGAGUUAAUUCUUUGAACCGAAAUGAGCUAAAAGAAACUGUUGCGUUUACAGACCUGAAUCUUAACCACACUCUUAUUGAUAAACAGUGUAUUUAUCUAGUUGGUUUUAUUGCUAAAGGGCCGCUCAAAAUGGUCAUGUAAAAACACCUUUUAUUCGAAAUUGGUAAAGCGCCGGCACGUUAAUCCGGAGGUCGUUGGUUCGAAUCCCACUCUAGUCAAUUCUUUGUUCAACCCCAAAAAUCUUAUUGUUUUGUCUAAAUCUUACAGCAUCUUCUCUACCUUCAUGCCAAGAACAGCAAAAAUAAUUACAAUGAGAGAUACCAGGAUUGCAUUUAUGAUGUUUUUAAUAAAAGGAUAGCUCAAAUGAUUUUAAAAUCUGGAUGCUUUGUGUAUCGCUACAACAUGUCCCAGAUAUUGUGAUUCACAAAUUGACAAAUAAUUUCUACAACAAAAAAAAAGAGAUUAAAUUUCAGCCUGAGUUAUAUUUUACAAUAUAAACACAUUGUUAAUUACUAAAAAAAAAAAUACAAUGAAAUCGUUGUGUGAACAAAGAUGAGUUUUAUGCUUUAACUCUACAAAACAAAACAAAAAAAUACUGUAAACGAGGUGUUGUUUCUGGAUAUGAAAUAAAAGUUACUUCUACGUUGAAAUAAAUAAUCAAACAGCGUCUCAUGUAUGUCUUUGAUAGUAAGAUUAGUAUUAACGUGGGUUGUAUACAUGUGGCGUGCAGUUUCCCAAUUCAAACGAAUCUCUGAGUGGUUUUACCUUCAAUCUUACAAUGCUUUCGAUAUCCAAUCAAGAUAGAUCUCCUUAUAUGCCACUGUUACCAUGGAAACUAUGGUUGCUGACUAUCUGGGCCGAACUUUAUGGCUCUGAUUACCGUAUAUGAUCACAAUUCUCGGUUUACUGGGCAUGCACCAAAUUCCUGCGCUAGCUGUGUAAGCGCAGAAUGUUUAGUAACAUGGAAAAUAUUCCCUGCUAACCCAUGAAGUAUGAGCGGAGUUACCUGCCCCGAUUCCCAUGCUUAUGGUAAGCAGAACCAUGGCCCAAUACCAUAAGCCUGUAAGCAUAAAAACUUGCUAAGCACAGAAAAAUCUUACUUAAAAGACCUGGGGUGGAUUUCACAAAGAGUUAAGACUAAUCUUAUCUCAAGUUAUGUUUUUACUAUCUCCGCCUAACUCUUUGUGAAAGCGACCCCCGAUUACCAGCCAGAAUUUCAAGUUUGCAUUGUGGCAACUGUUGCACCGCUAAUUGGUAGCUGAAC